ACUCCAUUUCCCAGAGUGCCUCUGGACGCGAGAGCUGCAUUCGCCCGGCUUGUUAAGAGUUCCGUCCCAGAGGGGGAACUGCGGUAGCCAAGCCUGAGUGCGAGCCGAUGCUGAGUGGGCAGCUGGUCGUACGCCUGUUCUCCAUGGCCAGCCGUGUCUGUAUGUACCGGGGCAGCGCGGGAUCAGGGGUCAUCGGUCCCGUCGAGGCUGCCAUUCGCACGAAGUUGGAGCAGGCCCUGAACCCCGAAGUGCUGGAGCUGCGUAAUGAGAGCGGCGGCCACGCGGUCCCACCGGGCAGUGAGACCCAUUUCCGCGUGGCGGUGGUGAGCUCUCGCUUUGAGGGACUGAGCCCCCUACAAAGGCAUCGGCUGGUCCAUGCGGCGCUGUCAGAAGAGCUGGCUGGGCCAGUCCACGCCCUGGCAAUACAGGCGCGGACCCCCGCCCAGUGGAGGGAGAACCCUCAACUGGACACAAGCCCCCCCUGCCUAGGUGGGAGCAAGAAAAGUCGAACCUAACCCUGGACCUGGAGAGAGGGAGGACCAGGAUUCAAACGCGUUGCGUGAGAAUAAACUACUGGGGCUUUCUUCCAUUUAAUACAGUCUGCUAUUUGUUGGAAACGA